CGGUCAACGACCGCUUCCUGUGUCGGAGGGCCGCAGUUUGUGUGAAGGUCUGGAGUCUCUGAGUUCGAGUGUUUGGAGGUGCCACCUUUUGACCCUUCGCCAUGGGAGUGACAUGUGUGUCCCAGAUGCCUGUGGCUGAGGGCAAGAGUGUCCAGCAGACAGUGGAGCUCCUCACCAAGAAAUUGGAAAUGCUCGGAGCAGAGAAACAAGGAACAUUUUGUGUGGACUGUGAGACUUACCACACAGCUGCCUCCACCCUGGGCAGCCAAGGCCAGGCUGGGAAGCUGAUGUACGUGAUGCAUAACUCUGAGUACCCACUGAGCUGCUUUGCCCUCUUUGAGAAUGGCCCUUGCCUUAUUGCUGACACCAACUUCGAUGUGCUCAUGGUGAAGCUCAAGGGCUUUUUCCAGAGUGCCAAGGCCAGCAAGAUUGAGACCCGGGGUACUCGCUACCAGUAUUGUGACUUCCUGGUGAAGGUGGGCACAGUCACAAUGGGGCCCAGUGCCCGUGGCAUCUCUGUGGAGGUGGAGUAUGGCCCUUGUGUGGUGGCUAGUGACUGCUGGAGCCUCCUGCUUGAGUUCCUACAGAGUUUUCUAGGUAGCCACACGCCAGGGGCACCCACAGUAUUUGGGAACAGACACGAUGCAGUCUAUGGGCCAGCAGAUACCAUGAUACAGUACAUGGAACUCUUCAACAAGAUCCGAAAACAGCAGCAAGUGCCAGUGGCUGGGAUCCGUUAGUGACUGGCAGCUCCCCACCUGCUGAGCUGUCCUCAGGGUGCUGUCAUCAGGGUCUUGGGCCCCUGGCCUGGCUGGUUCCCAGCUAUAGCUUGUGUUCCAGGGAUUUGGACGUCCCUCCUGACCCUGUCACAGCUGCUUUUACUUCAUGCUUUAACUGGAUUUGGCUGGUCCUUAAGAAUGGGGAUUGUGAAGAAUGGAAAAGCCUGGACCUUCCUGCUGUAGGGCAAAAAGUAGGACAGGGCUAGCCUGUCUACCCUGCAGCUAUGUCCCCCAAAAGGUAGGACAGGGUGGUCCCUGUCUGUGCUGGAGCUGUGUGUCCUGGUGCUGAGGAUCUGGUGCAGGCUGUAUGCCUGUGCUAUAUGGAGCUCCCCUGUGCUUGAGGAUGUGGCUGGCCUCUCCUGGAGAUGGCUGGGUGGCAGACUGGGUUGUUGGUUGCUAGAGUGUCGCUUUCAUUCUUUGGACACUGAUGUCUUCACCCACUGUUUUAAAUUAUGUGAACCUGUAGGCCAAGCUGCUGGAGCAGAGGGCUCUUACUGCACAGUUUAUUUUUGGUUAACAGUUCAGAGGCAUUCAGUUCCCCAGAGCAGAAUGAACUCCAGUUACCAGGAAUUUGGCUUCUUAUGCCUUACUGUUCCUUCUAUCAUACUGCCUCCAGAAUGCUUUCCUUACCACAGGAUCAAAGCAUGCUCAGUAGCUUCGUGCCCACAUUCUGCUGAGGAAAGAUAUCGAGAGGGAUGGUUUUCAGAGUUGCUCAAAUCACUGUGGACACAUGGUCCUGACACUCAACACUCAGUUUUUUCAGGGUGCUUCCUAGGUUGUCUUCUUGUCUUGCUUGGGCCUUGAAUUCAUUGAUAUUAUUGCUCACCUGCCUCACACCUGCUACAGAAACAUUCAAAACGUAGACAGGCUUGGGAAAGCUGUAAAUAUACGAAGUGUAGGGUGUCGGUAAGGAUCCCAUCCUCAGAGCACACCUAAGCAGCUUCUCUGAGGUGCUGGUCAUUCUUGUCUCCUAGUUCUGGCUGGCAUGACAGCUUCGCUCCUCACACCUUCCUGGUGUGGCUCUGUUACCCAGUUGUUCACUGUUACUUCCUCUUGCUUUUGUUGUUGAUCUUUUACUGUUGCUCUGUAAAAACUGAGGUGUUUUAGAUACCACAAUAAAACAAACAUUACAAUUUGGGCCUUCUA